ACAGGAGAGGGGCAGGAGGGGAUUUUAAGGUAGACAGGUCAAGUGUUUUAUUGCAAGGGCUGUGCAGGGAUUUUAAACUGACUGACUGUUUUAAAACCCUGCAUCCAAGAGAGGAGGGCUUCACCUGGACCAGUGGUGAUGGCACCAGAGCCUCUCGCAUUGAUUAUCUGUUUACCCGGGACUGUCCCCCAACUGAUGCUAGAAUAACCCCUGCUUUCUUCCCAGAUCACGUAAUGCUGACGUGCACCCUUUCACUAACUUCGGGUGUGACUGUGGGAAGAGGGCCCUGGAAAUUGAACUGCUCCCUUUUAGAAGAGGAUAGAGUAGUUAGCCAGUACAGAGAGCAGUUCAGCCAGUGGCAGACGCUACAGGACUUCUUUGACACACGAGCACAGUGGUGGGAAAUGGUGAAGGGAAGGACGAGGACCUUCUUUAGAGAGAUAGGAAAGGAAAAAAGCAAAGGAAAAGAUAGACGCAUGGUGGGACUGCAAAAGCGACUGGAAAGGUAUUUUAACCUAUGCCAUGAUUUUAACCAAGAAAUUAAAGAAGUAAAAAAGGAAAUGGCACUUUUAGCAGAACAGAGAAGCAAGGGGGUUAUUUUAAGAAGCAAGGAAAGGGAAUUAGAAGAGGGGGAGAAGUGCACAAGGUACUUUUUUAAGAAAAUAGUUAGUAAGGGUAGGUUAAUGACUCUUUUAAAAAAUAAAGAUGGGGUUUUAAAAACAGAUACAGAUGGAAUAAAAGAAGUAGUUGAGGAUUUUUAUGGGGAACUGUUUGGGGUAAAAGAUGUGUGCGAAGAAACAAUGGGGGACCUUUUAACAUACAUCGACAAGACCCUACCCAAUACAGACGAACUGACAAAAGACCUGACGAGGACCGAAAUCGAACAAGGACUGAAACAUUUUAAGAGGGGUAAAUCACCGGGGGAGGACGGCCUCCCUUUGGAGUUUUAUUUGACCUUUUGGGAUGUUUUAGCCGACGAACUUCUGUUUUUACUGACUUCGAACACCUUGACAGACUACCCAACAGUUUUAGAGUGGGGAUCGUGACUCUUUUAUACAAGAAAAACGACAGGACGGACCUGAAAAACUGGAGACCGAUUACCCUUUUAAACUUUGACUGUAAAGUUUUUACCAAGGUUUUAACACUCAGAAUGUCUUCUGUUUUAGGGGAGGUGAUCCACCCGGAUCAAACCUGUGCCGUGCCCGGAAGGAAGAUCACGGACAGCCUGAUACUGAUCCGAGAUGCCAUCUGUUAUGCGAGAGACAGAAACAUGCGGCUUGUAGUCCUAAAUUUAGAUUUUGAAAAAGCCUUUGAUCGGGUCUCGCACCAGUACCUCUUUAAGGUACUGCAAAAAAUGGGUUUCCCGGACAGGUUCUUAGCUUGGGUGGGACUGCUGUACGGGGACAUCACCAGCAAAAUCCUUGUAAAUGGGCAUCUGUCAAAAGCAGUGGGAGUACACUGCGGCGUCCGUCAGGGCUGUCCGUUAUCUCCUCUUCUGUUCGUGGCCUGUAUUGAACCACUGGCACAGGUCUUGAGAAGGGACCAAGGGAUCAGUGGGGUGGGUAUCCCGGGGAGUGGGGGGAUGACCGCCAAGUGCGUCUUUUACAUGGACGACGUCAACAUUUUAUGUACCGACCUUUUAUCCGUCGACAGGACUCUGGACAGGACUGACUGGUACGGACGAGCCUCCGGGGCGAGACUGAACAGAGACAAGACGAGGCCCAAUUCUUCGGACCAUGGGCAGACCCAGACUUGACCAGACUACCUCUGACAGUUAAACUGACGGACAUAAGGGUACUGGGGGUAAAGUUUGACCGGGGGGGAGGAGGGAGCGGUAACUGGAGUGGAAUCCUGGGGACUGUAAGACAGAGACUGGGUUUUUGGGGACUACGACAGCUGACUUUUGAGGGCAAGGUUUUAAUCAUUAAAGCUGUGAUUUUACCUGUGCUUUUAUUAAUCAGUUCUGUUUUUAUCCCCCCUUGAAGGAGUAUUUUAGACCUGGAGCGAAUGCUUUUUUACUUCCUGUGGGGAGGCAAGUGGGAGAGGCUGAGGAGGGAGGUGGUCAAGAGGCCCUGGUCCAAGGGGGGUAAAGGCUUGCCUGACCUCUACUUGUUCCUGGGCAGCCGCUACACAGCGUUACAUCUGACUCUUGCCACCUCCCCGGUCAACAACAAGACUCAGGCCCUCGCACGGUUCUGGCUGGGAUCUUACCUCAGGACUCUGAGGCUGAUCCCAGUCUACCUGCGAGCCCCAGUCUCUUUCCUGCUACCCCCGCCCUACGUCCAGGUCCAGAAGUUUUUAAGACAUUUUAAACUGGAAAAAGAAACAGUCACGGUCUUAACAAAACACCGCUCUCUUCUCUCUCUUGUGCAGGAUCGGGAACCAGUAUGUCCAGUGCGCGGGCUCGCUAUAGGUGAGCCCACAACGGUUUGGCGCAACGUGGCCCAUCCUGCUCUCCUGAAUCGGUAUCGGGACCUGUCCUGGAUGGUCGCCCACGAGAUCCUCCCGGUCAGGGCCGUUAUGCACUCACGGGGCAUGGCGAGGACAUCCGCGUGCCCCCGACCAGGCUGCGGCCAAGAAGAGUCGGUGAGGCACAUGCUCUGGGAGUGCAGAGCCGCCAGGGACCUGUGGAAGGAAGCAGGCCCCCUGAUUACCUCGUGUCUGCCAGCAGGGGAGGACCUAACACCUCAGCUCGUGCUGUAUGGGGUGGGCCGAAGGCCCAUUCCAUCGAAGACCUUCACCAAGCUCUGGCCCACCCUCACGUGCCUGAAGGAAGCACUGUGGUCCUCCCGUAACCUGCUGGUAGCGAAAAACGUAGAGACCACCCCCCAGGCAGUGACCAUGGUAGCCACGGAAGCCCUGGCGUGGUACGAAAGGAAGGGGGCCUCGACCCCAGGCGAAGGGUCCCCCACAACACCCUAGGUCCCGGCGGCCACGGCCUGACAGCGCUGCGGCGCCUAGGGCGAUGCGCCUAGGGGAGGGAUCUCCUCUGGGCCCCGAAGGACGGGACGAUGAUCUAUUCAGAAGAGCAGGAUGAGGUGAGCUUGAUAAAGACUCACCCCGCUCCUGUACAAGGGACUGAAGACAGCUUUUUAACAAAGUGGCUUUUUCACAUGUUUUUCAUGUCUUAAAAAUGUUUUACCUUUGUUAGAUCAUUAGUACACAUUUUAAAUGGCUUCUACAGAUUUGAUGUUUUUACAAGGAAAGUACUUUUAUUCAUGGUUGUUUUCAUUGGUUUUAACAACAUGUACUUUUUAUCAAAUUUAAAUGUAACUUUCAAAUGCUGUGUUUUAUGCCUUGUUGCCGUUUUUAUGUGUGUAAAUGAUGUA